AUACACUUCUUAUUAGUGAUUUGGAUAAGUCAAAAGGUUUUGAUGCACUGAAAGACCUUCUUAAUGAUAAAUAUGUACAGCCACAUAUUCAAAAGGUGGACAAAAACGCAUUGGAUAAAAUAAAAUGUAUACCUCAAUCUAGCCUAAGAAAGACUAUUGAAGAAAUAAAACUGAAAUUUAAAAAGAUGGAAAGUUGUGAUGAAGAAAAUAUUAAACUUUUAGAACAAAUUACAAUUUCUACAAUAGAGAACAGUAAUGUUUUGAAGGAAAUAUCAAUCAUAAUUGAGGACAUGUCCAUUCAACAACGGCUUAAUCAUAUGGAAUCAAUCCACAUGCUUUCAGGCAUAAAACGAACAUUCAAAUAAUACUAGUGGCUGUGUUGUUAGUUUUAUGUUGUAUUCUUGCAUCAUUUUAUUUCAUACCGUCUCGACAUGUCAGUAAUGAAGUUUCUGACAAUGUUCACCCUGAAAAUGGCAAGGCAAACAUAAGCAACAUACAUCAAGGAUGCCUAUCCGAGAGAUCAAACUAUCCAUUCAAACUGCACAUAGCAAUGAUUGGGUAUCUACCUAAAGAAAACGAGUUUGUCGGUAGGGAAUGGCUUCUUGAAAUACUUGAGACAAAGAUUGUACACGAUAGAAUGUCAAAAGGUACAUUAUUGGUGGCUGAUUAUGGAUUUGGUAAAUCUGCAAUAGUAUCACAACUUCUUUGUGCUAAAGAAAAUGAAAACGGAUGGAUGUUAAGACGGCAUAUUAUAGCUUUUCAUGUUUGUUUUGAUUCACAUGAUUUAACAAAGAAUCCAGUGCUGCUUAUCAGACGAUUAAUAUGGUUUUUAUCCAAAAAAAGUAUACAGUAUAGCAAACAUAUUGAAACACAAAAUAAUACCUUCAUAUUUGAUGACAACAAAUGUGCAAAUGAUAUAAGUGCAUGUUUCGAUCAUGCAAUAACAUUGCCCUUAAAAGAUUUACCAGAACCCGAUGAUGCUCCUUGGAUAAUAAUUAUUGAUGCAUUAGAUGAAUGUUCUGAUUCUGAUGAACGUAACCAAAUUUUAGACCUCCUAUCUAAAAAGCUCUUUCUCAUGCAAAUUGAUUUGCCCAAAUGGCUGAAAUGGAUGAUUACCUCAAAGAAAAGGUAUGAAAAUUCUCUAGAGAAACUGACUACUUUGGAGAUUGAUUACAUGGACCCAAGAAAUCUAAAUGAUAUAAAGCUGUAUUUAAUGAAACGCUUGAACUUGUCUGAUGCGCACUUAAUUCAACAAUUUGCUGACAAAAGUCAGGGAAAUAUUCUAUAUCUCAGUCAUUCAUUGAAAUAUAUUAUCAAAUCUGGAAAUGUCAGUUUACAAAAUUUUAUUAAUCUACCCAAUAAUAUAAAAUUACUUUAUGAGUUAAAUUUUAAUAGACUUUUUGAAACUAACAACGACUUCGAAGUUGCAAAAAUAAUUUUACAGCUAAUAAGCGUACAAAAAAUGUCAACCGACACAGUUUUCGAAAUCCUAGAAACAAACGAACUGUGUAAUAAAUCGGAAUUUUCAAGAAUCAUGAGAAAAUUAGAUCUUUAUCUUUCAUCUGAUUAUUUUGUUACAUUUAAACACAAUUCGAUUUAUGAAUGGCUGAUAAGUAACAGCAGUAAAACGUAUAAUAUUUAUCUUAGUGCCGGUCAUUCAAUGUUUUCAAACUACUUAUUUACAUGUUCUAAUAUUUCACAUAUUAGAACUUUGAGGACGUUGGUUUAUCAUGUUGCAAAAUCAGAUGACGAGUAUGUCAAAAUAAAUUUUUUUUAUCUAAAAAUUAAAAAACCAGUUGCAGAAUUAUAUCUCGAUCUAUGCCCCUCUGCGUCUGUCAAGAGCUUUCAGCUACUAUCAGAAUACAUUAAGCACAAAGAAACAAGAUCACAUUUACUAGAUCGCUUUCUAAAAGUUGCGUCAUCAUGUGCUAUAAGGAAUGACAGGGUAGAUAUAGUGUCUCAUAUACAUGAACACGAAAAAGAAAUUACAAACAUAAUACAAUUCCCAUUAAUUAAAGCUUCAAAAUUCUGUAGUAAAAAUAUCUUUAUGUAUCUUGUUGAUGUUGUAGGAGUCUUUUAUGACGAAUAUGUAAUUGACACUCUUUUUAGCAACAGAUGUAUGGAUAUAUUAGAAACAUUCGUUCCUAGAGACGCACUGGUAAUUAACACAAGAACUAUUGAUAAAGCAAUUUUUGAGUGCAAUUCCUAUUAUGACAUAAAAGACAUCAUUAUGCUAUCUGUAGUGAAUAAUAUGGAAUUAGUAUGUGAUGAUGAUUUGAUACAAUGGAAAAAAAUGUUAGAAUUAACUUCAUAUGUAGCUCAUUUUCCUAGACAUAAAAGUUUACAUCCUUCAUUGUUAACGAAUUCACCACUUCAUACACUUGCACAAAAACCUUUCUAUCAACGGAGAUAUAUACUUAUUGCAGAUUCUGUAAGAAUGUUCAUUACAAAAUACCCUCAAUUACUUUCAUGCCGAUUUAAUGGUUUGACCCCAUUUCUUUACUACAUAGUAAUUAGCGACGAUCAACUUUUUUCAAUUCUUCUUACCAAUAAUGUCCUGAAUGAGCAGUGUCAAUCGAUAUCUAAUGGCUGGUUAUAUUUGCAUUUCACCUUCAUGAAAUAUUUUAAAUAUGACAUUUCUAAUUAUGUGGAUACAAUGAUGAUAUUGGACACGUACUAUCCUUGUCCAGCUGGUGCGUCAGUUGAACAUCUGUUAAUGAAAUAUAAAAGAAUAGAAAUGAUUAGUAUAAUAAUUGCAAGCGGUUAUGUCAUGAAUUGGACAAAAACUGACCUAACCGGAAGAACCCCCCUGGACUAUGCAGACGACAUAUUUAUCAUGCAGCUAGAAUGUCAUUUUAGUGUCGACAUCCAUGUUCUUUCAGAUAAAGAAAUGCUUAUAAAGUUAUGUUUAUGUGAAUGGUUUUAUGUUUAUUUUCUAUUUGCUAUGGUUAACUUAGUUCUGUUUAUUGCAUUUUUGUAUAUCACCGUGUUUUGCUCUAUCAAAACUGUUUUGCACUCAUGCCUUAUUGUCAUUAGUGGUCACUAGUAUAUAUAAGUAAAUAUCAUUAUUUUACCUAGAAAUUGUCCAUGAAAGCUAUUUUAACAUUGAUAUCCAAACAUACUGAAUUAUGAUGUAUAUAUAAAUUUAUGCUAUAUAAAAAAAUAUAAAAAAAAAUCUUUAUAUUGAAAAGAUGAUUUGUUGAUAAGAUAUGCACGAAACUGAUGCAUGCGUGUUUCCCUGUUGUGAAUAACCAAUAUAAUUACAUAAGUAUAUAUUAUACAAUUAUUGACUAGUGAGCCAUUGAAUAUGAUGUGAUAUUCACCGGCAGACAGUCAUAUUGACCGAGGCGAUAGUACACAUCAGUGUAGUGUAUUAUGAUUUUAUAAAAAGUUCUGUUGACUACUGUUUGGACCAGUGAGAUUACAGCUAUAUUUAAAUCAUAUAAUAAACAAUGUUACCUCAAUCCAACGAUAAAAUGUACGCUAUAAUGGCGUUUCAGCGACAUUCCCUCCAUUUUACAACAUAAGCAAAAUUCAAACCAUCUUUUUUUAUGGUUGAAUAUGACAGUAUUUUGUAAUAUGAUGUAUAAACUUUGCUAAUUUUGAUUUGAAACUUGAUUCCGUCAAGACUUUCUUAUUGACACGUCAUGGUAAGUUUAACAACUUGUAUCAUAUGCUCUGAGUAUUAAAGUGUUUGUUGUUACAUAAAAUUCACUUCUUCUCGUACUAGUGAGUUAGCUAUCGUGUCACAUUUGAUUGAAUGAUUAUUGUUUGUUGUCUUUUUACAAAUGAUGCAUUUAUAUAUUUAUUCCAUCAAGAAAAUGUACAAAUAAAUAAACGAUCGAUAG